ACGGUGGUGGUAGGUAAGUGGUAACGAACACGGUGAUUGGAAUGAUGGGUACGGGCGGACCCAGUCCCAGAGGCAGGCAGAGGGAGUAGUUACUCAGUGUCCCUAAUCCCUCCCUCCCUCGUCACGAAAGUCAGUCAGUCAGUCAGUCACAUUGUUUUGAUAGGGAAGAAGCGUUGAAACCAGAGGCAUCUGUGAGUGUCUAGUGUUAUUGAACUGAAUGGCUGAAAAAGUACUAGUAGACAACAAGCAAGUGAUAUUCAAGGGGUUCGUAGAGGGAACUCCAAAGGAGACGGACUUGCAAGUGGUGGUCAGCGCCACGACUGAGCUCAAGCCUCCUAAAGGCUCCGGAGCUUUUCUGGUCAAGAAUCUCUACCUCUCUUGCGACCCUUACAUGAGAGGCCGUAUGCGCGAUUUUCGUGAUUCCUAUAUUCCUCCAUUCGUUCCUGGCCAGCCAAUCGAAGGAUUUGGUGUGUCCAAAGUUGUGGGUUCUGAUAAUCCGACUUUCAAGCCUGGCGACUUGAUCUCUGGGUUCACUGGAUGGGAAGAAUACAGUUUGAUUUCUAGAACUGAGCAGUUGAGAAAAGUUACGCCAGACGGCGACAUCCCUCUAUCAUUCCAUGUGGGUCUUCUUGGUAUGCCAGGUUUUACUGCAUAUGCAGGAUUCUACGAGGUCUGCUCCCCUAAGAAGGGGGAAUGUGUUUUAGUUUCUGCUGCUUCCGGAGCUGUUGGUCAGCUUGUUGGCCAACUUGCUAAAUUGCAUGGCUGUUAUGUUGUUGGAAGUUGUGGCUCAAGCCAAAAAGUUGAUCUUCUGAGGAAUAAGCUUGGGUUUGAUGAAGCUUUUAACUACAAAGAAGAGGCAGACCUGGAUGCAGCUUUGAAAAGGUACUUUCCACAAGGCAUUGACAUUUACUUUGAUAAUGUGGGAGGGGAAAUGCUUGAUGCAGCAAUUGUGAACAUGAGAAUUCAUGGUCGGAUUGCUCUUUGUGGAAUGGUGUCUGAGAAAAACCUCUCUGAUCCCCGAGGGAUCCGCAAUGUAUUCAAUCUGAUAUCAAAGCGUAUCAGGAUGCAGGGAUUCCUGCAAAGUGAUUACAUACACUUGUACCCACGCUUCCUGGAACAUGUCAUUAGUUACUACAAGCAAGGGAAGAUUAUUUACAUUGAAGACAUGAAUGAAGGCUUGGAAAGUGCUCCAUCUGCUUUUGUAGGCUUAUUUGCGGGAACAAAUGUUGGUAAGCAAGUUAUUCGUGUAGCCCACGAAUGAAUGAUUCGCCUCUCUCUCUCUCUGCUGCUUGCACUGUUAUAAGAGAGAGAGAUGGCCAAGUUGAGGCAAUUUACGUACAGCCUUGAAUAAUUGGAUAGUUAUAAAUAAUCUGAGUUUCUGAAUGUGGUUUGUAAAUUUUGUGAAGUCACCUUGCUCAUGCUGGUGGCAUAUUGAACUUUAUGUAUGACAAACUGCGGAGUUUUAAUCUAAUGUCCUCCUUGAUUUUC